GCGAUGCCGAGCAGCGCGGCGGGCGGCGGGUCCGGCGGGGCGCGCAGACGAGCGGGCCGCGGCGCGGAGGCGGCCGGAGCGCGGCCCCGCCAUGGGCUUCCUGCAUCAGCUGCAGCUGCUGCUCUGGAAGAACGUGACGCUGAAGCGUCGGAGCCCGUGGGUCUUGGCUUUCGAGAUCUUCAUCCCUCUGGUUCUCUUCUUCAUCCUGCUGGGGCUGCGGCAGAAGAAACCCACCAUCUCUGUGAAGGAAGUCUCUUUCUACACAGCCGCGCCCCUCACCUCCGCUGGCAUCCUGCCUGUGAUGCAGUCACUGUGCCCAGAUGGCCAGCGGGAUGAGUUUGGCUUCCUGCAGUACGCCAACUCCACGGUCACUCAGCUGCUGGAGCGCCUCAACCGUGUGGUGGAGGAGGGCAACCUUUUCGACCCGGAGCGGCCCAGCCUGGGCUCAGGGCUCGAGGCCCUGCACCAGCACCUGGAGGCCCUCAGCUUGGGCCCCGACACCAGGGAGAGCCGCUUGGACAGGCCCGCAGUGUCCUUCUCUCUGGACUCGGUGGCCAGGGACCCGAGGGAGCUGUGGCGUUUCCUGUCUCAGAACCUGUCGCUGCCUAACAGCACGGCCCGGGCUCUCCUGGCUGCUCAGGUGGACCUGCCCGAGGUCUAUCGCCUGCUCUUUGGCCCUUCGCCUGUCCUAGAUGUGGACUCAGGACUCCCCAGGGGUCAGGAGCCCUGGGGCCGCCUGGGUGCCAGUUCCCUAUUCCGGUUGGAGGAGCUGCUGUUUGCCCCCGCCCUCCUGGAGCAGCUCACGUGUGCACCGGGCUCCAGGGAACUGGGCCGUAUACUCACUGUGCCCCAGGGGCAGCAGCCAGCGCUGCAGGGCUACCGGGAUGCUGUCUGCAGUGGGCAGGCUGCAGCCCGCACCCGGCGCUUUUCUGGGCUGGCCGCUGAGCUCCGGAAUCAGCUGGACGUGGCCAAGGUCGCCCAGCAGCUGGGCCUGGAUGCCGGCAACGGUUCAGCCCCACGGCAGCAGCCACCUCCCCCACGGCGCCUGCAGGCGCUGCUAGAAGACCUGCUGGAUGCCCAAAAAGUUCUGCAGGACGUGGACGUCCUCUCGGCCCUGGCUCUGCUGCUGCCGCAGGGCGCGUGCGCUGGCCGUGCUCCUGGGUCCCCAGCCAGCAGCCCUGCCAGGACGGCCAACAGCACAGGGGCCGGGGUGGGAACGAGCUCCAACACCACGGUCGAGGAGGGUGCCCCGUCCGCUGUGUCCCCAGCCUCUGACUCACAGCAGGGCCAGUGCUCCGCCUUCGUGCAGCUCUGGGCUGCCCUGCAGCCCAUUCUGUGUGGCAACAACCGCACCAUUGAGCCGGAGGCGCUGAGGCGAGGCAACAUGAGCUCCCUGGGCUUCACCAGCAAGGAGCAGCGGAACCUGGGCCUUCUCGUGCACCUCAUGACGAGCAACCCCAAGAUCCUCUACGCACCGGCGGGAUCUGAGGUGGACCGCGUCAUCCUCAAGGCCAACGAGACCUUUGCCUUCGUGGGCAACGUGACCCACUAUGCCCAGGUCUGGCUCAACAUCUCGGCUGAGAUCCGGAGCUUCCUGGAGCAGGGCAGGCUGCAGCAGCACCUACUCUGGCUGCAGCAGUACGUGGCGGAGCUGCGGCUGCAUCCUGAGGCACUGAACCUCUCGCUGGAGGAGCUGCCGCCCGCCCUGCGCCAGGACAACUUCUCGCUGCCUAAUGGCUCUGCCCUCCUGCAGCAGCUGGACACCAUUGACAAUGCUGCCUGCGGCUGGAUCCAGUUCAUGUCCAAGGUGAGCGUGGACAUCUUCAAGGGUUUCCCGGAUGAGGAGAGCAUCGUCAACUACACCCUCAACCAGGCCUACCAGGACAAUGUCACAGUGUUCGCCAGCGUGAUCUUCCAGACACGCAAGGAUGGCUCCUUGCCGCCCCACGUGCACUACAAGAUUCGCCAAAACUCUAGCUUCACCGAGAAAACCAAUGAGAUCCGCCGGGCCUAUUGGCGGCCGGGGCCCAACACCGGGGGCCGCUUCUACUUCCUGUACGGCUUCGUCUGGAUCCAGGAUAUGAUGGAGCGCGCCAUCAUCAACACCUUUGUGGGGCACGAUGUGGUGGAGCCGGGCAGCUAUGUGCAGAUGUUUCCCUACCCCUGCUACACGCGGGAUGAUUUCCUGUUUGUCAUCGAGCACAUGAUGCCACUCUGCAUGGUGAUUUCCUGGGUCUACUCCGUGGCCAUGACCAUCCAGCACAUUGUAGCAGAAAAGGAGCACCGACUGAAGGAGGUGAUGAAGACGAUGGGCCUGAACAACGCCGUGCACUGGGUGGCCUGGUUCAUCACUGGCUUUGUGCAGCUGUCCAUCUCGGUGACGGCGCUCACCGCCAUCCUCAAGUACGGCCAAGUCCUCAUGCACAGCCACGUGCUUAUCAUCUGGCUCUUUCUGGCCGUCUACGCCGUGGCCACCAUCAUGUUCUGCUUCCUGGUGUCCGUGCUAUACUCCAAGGCCAAGCUGGCCUCGGCCUGCGGCGGCAUCAUCUACUUCCUGAGCUACGUGCCUUACAUGUACGUGGCAAUCCGCGAGGAGGUGGCCCACGAUAAGAUCACUGCCUUCGAGAAGUGCAUUGCGUCCCUGAUGUCCACAACAGCCUUUGGCCUGGGCUCCAAGUACUUUGCCCUAUACGAGGUGGCGGGCGUGGGCAUCCAGUGGCACACGUUCAGCCAGUCACCUGUGGAAGGGGACGACUUCAACUUGCUCUUGGCUGUCACAAUGCUGAUGGUGGACGCAAUCGUCUAUGGCGUGCUCACGUGGUACAUUGAAGCUGUGCACCCAGGCAUGUACGGGCUGCCCCGGCCCUGGUACUUCCCACUGCAGAAGUCCUACUGGCUGGGCAGUGGGCGGACAGAGGCGUGGGAGUGGAGCUGGCCAUGGGCUCGUGCCCCGCGCCUUAGCGUCAUGGAGGAGGACCAGGCCUGUGCCAUGGAGAGUCGGCGCUUGGAGGAGACUCGCGGCAUGGAGGAGGAGCCCACCCACCUGCCUCUAGUAGUCUGCGUGGACAAGCUCACCAAGGUCUACAAGAAUGACAAGAAGCUGGCCUUGAACAAGCUGAGCCUGAACCUCUAUGAGAACCAGGUGGUGUCCUUUCUGGGCCACAACGGGGCCGGCAAGACCACCACCAUGUCUAUCCUCACUGGUCUGUUCCCGCCCACGUCGGGUUCGGCCACCAUCUAUGGGCAUGACAUCCGCACUGAGAUGGAUGAGAUCCGCAAGAACCUGGGCAUGUGUCCACAGCAUAACGUGCUCUUUGACCGACUCACAGUGGAGGAGCACCUCUGGUUCUACUCCCGGCUCAAGAGCAUGGCUCAGGGGGAGAUCCGAAAGGAGAUGGACAAGAUGAUUGAAGACCUGGAGCUCUCCAACAAGCGGCACUCACUGGUGCAGACGCUGUCGGGUGGCAUGAAACGCAAGCUCUCGGUGGCCAUUGCCUUUGUGGGUGGCUCCCGCGCCAUCAUACUCGACGAGCCCACGGCUGGUGUGGACCCCUAUGCACGCCGUGCCAUCUGGGACCUCAUCCUGAAGUAUAAGCCUGGCCGCACCAUCCUCCUGUCCACCCAUCACAUGGAUGAGGCUGACCUGCUCGGGGAUCGCAUCGCCAUAAUCUCCCACGGGAAGCUGAAGUGCUGUGGCUCCCCGCUGUUCCUCAAGGGCGCCUAUGGGGACGGCUACCGCCUCACACUGGUUAAGCGUCCUGCUGAGCCAGGGGGCCCCCAAGAGCCAGGGCUGAUGUCUAGCCCCCCAGGUCGGGCCCAGCUGAGCAGCUGCUCGGAGCCCCAGGUUUCCCAGUUCAUCCGCAAGCAUGUGGCCUCCUGCCUGCUAGUCUCUGACACAAGCACGGAGCUCUCCUACAUCCUGCCCAGCGAGGCCGCCAAGAAGGGGGCCUUCGAGCGCCUUUUCCAGCACCUGGAGUGCAGUCUGGACGCAUUACACCUGAGCAGCUUCGGGCUCAUGGACACGACGCUAGAGGAGGUGUUUCUCAAGGUGUCAGAGGAAGACCAGUCGCUGGAGAACAGUGAGGCUGACGUGAAGGAGUCCAGGAAGGACAUGCUGUCGGGGACAGAGGGCCUGGCCUCGUUGGGGGAGGCUCACGCGGGGAACCUGGCCCGGUGUGCAGACCUGGCCCAGUCACAGGCGUCGCUGCAGUCCACGUCCUCAGUGGGCUCUGCCCGUGGGGAUGAGGCAGCUGGCUAUGCUGACGUGUACGGCGACUACCGCCCCCUCUUCAACAACCUGCAGGACCCCGACAACGUCAGCUUGCAAGAGGCUGAGGCGGAGGCCCUUACGCGGAUUGGCCAGGGUAGCCGCAAGCUGGAAGGCUGGUGGCUGAAGCUGCGCCAGUUCCACGGGCUCUUGGUGAAGCGCUUCCACUGUGCCCGCCGCAACUCCAAGGCACUGUCCUCGCAGAUCCUGCUCCCCGCCUUCUUUGUCUGUGUGGCCAUGACCGUGGCGCUCUCCGUCCCAGAGAUCGGUGACUUGCCCCCAUUGGUCCUGUCCCCCUCUCAGUACCACAACUACACCCAGCCCCGCGGCAAUUUCAUCCCUUACGCCAACGAGGAGCGCCGGGAGUACCGAUUUCAGCUGUCGCCUGACGCCAGCCCCCAGCAGCUCAUGAGCACAUUCCGGCUGCCAUCGGGUGUGGGCGCCACUUGUGUGCUCAAGUCUCCAGCCAACGGCUCCCUGGGCUCCACGCUGAACUUGAGCAGUGGCGAGUCACGCCUGCUGGCCGCGCGGUUCUUCGACAGCAUGUGCCUGGAAUCCUUCACACAGGGGCUACCUCUGUCCAACUUCGUGCCACCCCCACCCUCGCCCGCUCCAUCCGACUCCCCAGUGUCCCAGGAUGAGGACCCGCUGCAGGCCUGGAACACCUCCCUGCCUCCCACCUCUGGGCCAGAGAACUGGACAUCAGCGCCCUCCUUGCCACGCCUGGUGCGGGAGCCUGUCCGCUGCACCUGCUCCACACAGGGCACUGGCUUCUCCUGCCCCAGUGGUGUGGGCGGGCACCCGCCCCAGAUGCGUGUGGUCACAGGUGACAUCCUGACCGACAUCACCGGCCACAACGUCUCCGAGUACCUGCUGUUCACCUCUGACCGCUUCCGGUUGCACCGGUAUGGGGCCAUCACCUUCGGCAACGUCCAGAAGUCCAUCCCGGCCUCGUUUGGUGCCCGGGCCCCAGCCAUGGUGCGGAAGAUGGCUGUGCGCCGGGCAGCCCAGGUUUUCUACAACAAUAAGGGUUACCACAGCAUGCCCACCUACCUCAAUAGCCUCAACAACGCCAUCCUGCGUGCCAACCUGCCCAAGAACAAGGGCCACCCAGCGGCCUAUGGCAUCACUGUCACCAACCACCCCAUGAACAAGACAAGCGCCAGCCUCUCCCUGGAUUACCUGCUGCAGGGCACAGAUGUGGUCAUCGCCAUCUUCAUCAUCGUGGCCAUGUCCUUCGUGCCGGCUAGCUUUGUGGUCUUCCUGGUGGCCGAGAAGUCCACCAAGGCCAAGCACCUACAGUUCGUCAGUGGCUGCAACCCCGUCAUCUACUGGCUGGCCAACUACGUGUGGGACAUGCUAAACUACCUGGUCCCAGCAACCUGCUGCGUCAUCAUCCUGUUUGUGUUCGACUUGCCGGCCUAUACGUCACCCACCAACUUCCCUGCCGUGCUCUCCCUCUUCCUGCUGUAUGGGUGGUCCAUCACCCCCAUCAUGUACCCGGCUUCCUUCUGGUUUGAGGUCCCCAGCUCGGCCUAUGUGUUUCUUAUCGUCAUCAACCUUUUCAUUGGCAUCACGGCCACUGUGGCCACCUUCCUGCUGCAGCUCUUUGAGCAUGACAAGGACCUGAAGGUUGUCAACAGUUACCUGAAAAGCUGCUUUCUCAUUUUCCCCAACUACAACCUGGGCCACGGGCUCAUGGAGAUGGCGUACAACGAGUACAUCAACGAGUAUUACGCCAAGAUCGGCCAGUUUGACAAGAUGAAGUCCCCAUUCGAGUGGGAUAUUGUCACCCGGGGGCUGGUGGCCAUGACGGUAGAGGGCUUCGUGGGCUUCUUCCUCACCAUCAUGUGCCAGUACAACUUCCUGCGGCAGCCACAGCGCAUGCCGGUUUCUACCAAACCUGUGGAGGACGAUGUCGACGUCGCCAGCGAAAGGCAGCGAGUGCUGCGGGGUGAUGCCGACAACGACAUGGUGAAGAUCGAGAACCUGACCAAGGUGUACAAGUCUCGGAAGAUUGGCAGCAUCCUGGCUGUGGACCGACUGUGCCUGGGCGUGCGUCCUGGCGAAUGCUUCGGCCUCCUUGGUGUCAACGGUGCGGGCAAGACCAGCACCUUCAAGAUGCUGACGGGUGACGAGAGCACGACGGGGGGCGAGGCCUUUGUCAACGGGCACAGUGUGCUCAAGGAGCUGCUCCAGGUCCAGCAGAGCCUGGGGUACUGCCCGCAGUUUGAUGCCCUGUUUGACGAGCUCACGGCCCGGGAACACCUGCAGUUGUACACGCGGCUCCGCGGCAUCCCUUGGAAGGAUGAGGCCCGGGUGGUGAAGUGGGCACUGGAGAAGCUGGAGCUGACCAAAUAUGCCGACAAGCCAGCUGGUACCUAUAGUGGAGGCAACAAGAGAAAGCUGUCUACGGCCAUUGCCCUCAUCGGGUACCCUGCCUUUGUCUUCCUGGACGAGCCCACCACAGGUAUGGACCCCAAGGCCCGACGCUUCCUCUGGAAUCUCAUCCUCGACCUUAUCAAGACGGGACGCUCAGUGGUGCUGACGUCACACAGCAUGGAAGAAUGUGAGGCGCUGUGCACGCGGCUGGCCAUCAUGGUGAACGGACGCCUGCGCUGUCUGGGCAGCAUCCAGCACCUGAAGAACCGGUUUGGGGAUGGCUACAUGAUCACGGUGAGGACCAAGAGCAGCCAGCACGUGAAGGAUGUGGUGCGCUUCUUCAACCGGAACUUCCCGGAGGCUGUGCUCAAGGAGCGGCACCACACGAAGGUGCAGUACCAGCUGAAGUCGGAGCACAUCUCGCUGGCUCAGGUGUUCAGUAAGAUGGAGCAGGUGGUGGGCGUGCUGGGCAUUGAGGACUACUCUGUCAGCCAGACCACCCUGGACAAUGUAUUUGUGAACUUCGCCAAGAAACAGAGCGACAACUUGGAGCAGCAGGAGACAGAACCACCUUCAGCCCUGCAGUCCCCACUGGGCCGCCUGCUCAGCCUGUUCCGGACACGGCCCACGCCCACUGAGCUGCGGGCGCUUGUGCCCGAUGAGCCUGAGGACCUGGACACAGAGGACGAGGGCCUCAUCAGCUUUGAGGAGGAGCGGGCCCAGCUCUCCUUCAACACGGACACGCUCUGCUGACCGCCAGGAGCUGGCUCAACAACACGGCUGAGGGACAGAAGUCAGGCAGUGGCCCAGGCCCCACCUGUUUCCCCAGUGCCAUCUGCGGGGCCCUGGAGUGGGAGGUCCAGGACCAAGGGCUCCAGCCCCUCCAGCCCCCAACCCGUCCUCAGCCCUGCCCGUGGCCACUGUGCCACCCUCCCCUCAUUGUGCCAAAGGCUGGCCUGGCCCUGGGCUAUGACACCCUCACCCUGCUCUGCCUUAAAGCCUUGGGGCGAGAGCCCCUCGCCUCUGCCCCUGCCCAGCUCUGCCCACCACCCACAGGGCCACUGGGGUGACACGGGAUUUUAGGUACCACUCGCCCCUCUCCUGGCCGGGCCUGGGCCUGGCUUCCGGAACCGGCUUUUCUCUUACAUCCAAUUUGGAAGUUGGUAUCGCAUGCCUGGGGCUGAGUGUGGGUGUGUUAGGUCCCACCUGCAGGCACCUAUUUGUUUUGCUAUAGGAAGAGGCUUCCUUAGCCUGGUUUCAUGCUGGGAGCUCAUCACUGAGGGGCUGCCACAGGGCAGCAGGCUGGGUAGCAGGAGUGGAGAAGCCGGCCACGCUGGCCAGGCCAAGGUCCAGACCCCUCCCCACCCCCUUCAGCUGCCACUGCUCUCCCACCCAACUUGGCACCCUGCCUGCCCGCCCAUCCAGGAGCCGUACCUGUACAUAACGCACAGAUGUUUGUUUUAAAUAAAUAAACAAAAAGUCCA